AGUUUAAACGAAGCAUAGACAGGGGUGUUUCAGUAAAUUAACGUGUUUAAAACCCCCCAAAACCUCUCGCCUCUCCCCUGGGAUUACUCGCAAGAUCUGAUCUUCCUUUACCUCCCGUUGAUGCAUCCAAGCAACUCCUGCAUUCACGCUCUUCCCCCUGCAAUUUUUUCUCUCUCAAGAUUGUCAUUGCCCGAUACUUUUGAUGGACCCUCGACCCAUUUCGACGAGUCCCGAUAUUUCACAGAAAGCAACUUCUGAUGCAUUAACGUGUAAGAUACAUGGUAUGCGGGAGACGGCAAAUAAGGAUUUUGCAUCAGAUAGUGUCAGAGGUGAUAGGCACUUAAAUUUCUUGAGGGUUUUCUAUGAGGGUGUCAUUGCUGGAGGUGCUGCUGGUGUUGUGGUAGAAGCAGCUUUAUACCCAAUUGAUACGAUAAAAACUCGAUUACAGGCAGCCCGUGCUGGAGGAAAAAUUGUUUUGAAGGGUCUCUAUUCUGGAAUAGGUGGAAAUCUUGCUGGCGUCUUACCGGCUUCAGCCAUAUUUCUUGGUGUAUAUGAACCUGCAAAGCAAAAAUUACUGAAGACUUUACCUGAAAACUUCAGUGCUUUGGCUCAUUUGACUGCAGGUGCCCUUGGAGGUGCUGCUUCUUCCAUUGUUCGUGUUCCGACAGAGGUUGUCAAACAAAGGAUGCAAACUGGUCAGUUUGCUUCAGCCCCUGAUGCUGUUCGUCUUAUUGUUGCAAAGGAGGGGUUUAAAGGUCUCUAUGCGGGUUAUGGAUCCUUCCUAUUACGAGAUUUGCCUUUCGAUGCCAUCCAGUUUUGCAUCUAUGAGCAACUACGGAUAGGAUAUAAGCUGGCAGCACAGAGAGAUCUGAAUGAUCCUGAGAAUGCUAUCUUGGGUGCAUUUGCUGGUGCUGUGACUGGAGCUCUGACUACCCCACUUGAUGUGAUAAAAACCAGAUUAAUGGUCCAGGGAUCAGCAAACAAAUACAAGGGACUUUCAGAUUGUGUGAGGACUAUAAUGAACGAAGAAGGACCUCGUGCUUUUCUUAAGGGUAUUGGACCCAGAGUACUAUGGAUAGGUGUUGGAGGUUCAAUUUUCUUUGGAGUGCUGGAGAAAACGAAACAGAUACUUGCUAAUACUCGCCCGGGGAAGCAGGAGCCAAUCUCUUCUUGCGCAUGAGUUAGCUAAUUUCUGUCUCAGUCAUGCCUUCCGCAUCUGCAAGCAGCGGACAACACUCGGAUAAGAUUGUAACAAAGGCUUCUUCCCAUUCGGUCUCGCCAUCAACCUAUGGAUAUUUUCACGGAAGCUUCAUCUUCUUAUGAUAUGCUUCUCCUCUACUAUCUAAGAUUUAACCCAAAAACAUAUUUGCUUCAUCUUGAGGAGGUAUAUUAUUUUAUUUUAUUAAUAAAUUAAUUAGUUUACUUCCUCAUUAGUUUUGAUGUUGAUGUAUCUAUAAAUACUCAUUGUAAACCGAUUAUUAGUAAUUAAUGAUAGAUUAUUCUUUUA